AUGUCUACCGACGCUACUUCCCCCAGCACUCCCGCCACCGCGCACAACGCGGGAGCGAACGCGUCGCCCGCAGACAAAGGCAAGGGCAAGGGCAAGUUUAUCCACGAGAAAGUGACCGACGACAGCGACGACGAUGACGAGGAAGAAGAGGAGGAGGAAGAAGACGAUGACAUGGAGGAGGAUGACCUGGGGGAGAUCGACCCCUCCGCGAUUAUCACCGGCACGCGUCGCACGCGUGGCGUUCGCGUUGAUUACUCUUCUGCCGCGGCGCUGGCCAAGGCCGGCCUCAAGCCCGAGGACGCGGAAGACGAUGAGGGCGAGGAGUCAUUUGUCGCCAAGGACGACGAUAUGCAUGACGACUAG